AUGCUAAGUCGUAACACCAAUGCCCAAAUCUUUCAAAGAUUAUACUCUUCCAUCUCAAAUACAACAACCAGAGAUGUGGGUUUUAUGCCAAGAUUUGAAUUCCCAAACUAUAACAUUCCGUUAACAGACUUUAAAGGACACCAGGUGAAGGCUUUGAAGAAAUUCGAAAAAUUGGCACCUCAAUUAAAUAUGCUUCUAGAACUCAGGGAUGUGAGGGCCCCUUUAUCUACCAGAAAUAUUCUUUUUGACAAAGUAAUGGCCCCGGAAUCACGAUUGCCCAGGUUAAUCGUUUAUACAAAGAAAGAUUUAAUCAUUAACAAUAACGCAUAUCUAAAACGACUUAAAACAUGGCAUGAAGAAAUAGGAGAAAAAUUCUUACUGAUGGAUUGUAAAAAUUCAGUUGACGUAAAGAAUUUAAUGAAAGUUAUUGAGUGGGAAAGCUAUUCUGCAAUAAAAAGCAAUAAUAUACCGUUACCAAUGGGAUAUAGGAUACUUGUUGCUGGUAUGCCUAAUGUAGGUAAAUCCACAUUGGUUAAUUCACUAAAAUCACUAGCGAGAAAGAAUGACUAUACAUUGUCAGGCAAAGCUAAAAAAGUUGCACGGACAGGUGGUCAGGCUGGUGUAACAAGAAGCACUAGUGAAUGCAUUAGAAUCUCACCACGAUCUGCUCAAUCUCAAGGUAUUUAUUUGAUUGACAGUCCAGGUAUUGGAACCCCAGGAAGAGUAGCGAAUGUUAAUCGCAUGUUAUCAUUAUCUCUUUGCGGUUGUGUGAAAAGUGAUCUUAUAGACCCAAUAAUUCAAGCAGAUUAUCUACUAUAUCUAAUGAAUUUACAAGAUGCGAAAAAGGGUGAUUACUUCUAUCCGGGGGACGUCGAAUCUCCUUCUAAUGACAUAUAUGAGGUGUUAAAAAGAGUUAAGAACAAACGUAAGAUUGAUGAUAUCCCAACCUCGAUACAAUGGGUAGAUCAGUGGAGACAAACAAGAGGAGGUAUUAUCCUUGACCCUGAGUUGUUAUUACAAUGUGAUGAAUUCUCAUAUAGGAACUACGUCAAAGGUGAACUAAGUAAGCUGGGUGACCUCUAUUCGGGUGGAGUGGAUCUUAAGAAUAAGUAUAGCAAUAACAAGAAAAUAUUCAGAAAUUAA